AGAGACACAUUGUCUGCUGCAAAGUUAAUAGGACGAAACCAUAAUUUUAUCUUAUAAGCUUAAGACAUAAAAAAAGCUUCGUUAAAAAGCAAUAAUACAUUCUACAGUUGAUAAGGUAACAUUCUAUAGAGACUGAACUACCCUUCUCUCAAAUUAACCUGCGACUUUUUAAAGGUGGCUUUCAACAUGCUUCACUCGUGCCGAUCAUCAGUUACGUCAACUUUGCGAAAACAACUAAGAGCUAGCUCAUGGUCAAAAAAAACUCUCAAACAGCAAGCAGAUUCAGAAAUCAUUUGGGAAUAUGCCUCAGAAAAGACAAAACGAGUAGAGAGAGUCUAUGUUUGGGGCUAUGCCUCAACAGGAGCAUUAGGGGUCAAAAAGCAUGUUGACCCAGAAAAAAAGGGAUCUCCAAGACGAAUGCAGUUAAUACCAUAUCGACUGAAGGAUUUUGAAGCAAAAAAUGAUAAAGUAGAGAAGAUUGCAUGUGGUAUCGGCUUUUCUCUAUUCGCAUGUAAAACGGCUAAAAAUAUCACAGAAAUUUACGGAUGUGGCAUAAAUACUGAUUCUCAACUGGGAUAUCAUCCAUCUUCAAACUGUAAAGAUAGUCUGGACUAUGUACUUGAACCAAGAAAAGUAAAUAUUCCUUCAUCCUUACUAUCUGAAGAUAGUAAAAUAGUUAGUAUGGAUUGUGGAAGAGCUCAUUCUGUUAUUGCUACCGAUAGUUCAGUACUAUCUUUGGGCAACAACUCCUAUGGUCAAUUAGGCAGACAGCCAGUUGAGGGGGAAAUAUACAAGUCUAGUCUCAAGGUACAUAAAAUAGAACUUGACGAGACAGUUAAACAAGUUGUCUGUGGUAUGGAUCAAACUCUUUUACUCACUACAUCGGGAAAGGUCUACGCUUGCGGUCUUGGAGCUGAUGGACAGACUGGUUUGGGUCACUAUAAUGUAACGGGAACUCCUAUGCUAGUCAAAGGAGAUAUAGAAAAUGAGCAUAUUGUUCAAAUUUCUUGUAUUGCAGAUACCUGCUUAGCAGUUUCAGAUAAGGGAGAUGUGUUUGGUUGGGGCAACUGUGAAUACAAUCAAUUUUAUUCUAUCCAAAAAGAUAUAUUGCAAUUAAACGUACCUAGGAGAUUGCCUCUUGAUAUGGGAAAAGUUAUAGAAACGGCUACAGGAGGCUCCACUUGCGCUGCACUAAACGAUAAGGGAGAAAUUUUUGUAUGGGGUUUUGGUAUUUUAGGUCUUGGUCCAAAAUUGGAUAAUUGUUGUCAACCUACCAAAAUUCCCGAAGUUUUAUUCGGCAAAAAUGACUUUAAUCCAGAUUGUGAAGUCGUGAGUUUGAAAUCUGGAUUGAAUCAUUUUGCUGUUUUAAAUAAUAAUGGAGAUUUGUACACAUGGGGAAGAAAUAAGUUUGCCGUCUUGGGAUUAGGACAUAAACUUGAUCAAUUUUUUCCUUUUAAAGUUUUAUUGCCAGCGGAAGCUGUGGAUGUUUGUUGUGGGAUUGAUCAUAUGAUCGUUCGAAGUAAAUCUUAUGCUUAA